AAGCAAAGAAAAUAUAAAUGGAAAGUUUGGAUGCAGAGAAGUUUGGUGGAUUCGAUGUAAAUUUUUUACAAGAACUUUCAGACGAUCAUGAGUGCCCUAUAUGUAAAUUGGCUCUUCGUGAACCUAUUUUAACAAAGUGUGGUCAUCGACUCUGUUUGUCAUGUUCAGAAGAAAUGAGAAAAAGAAAAAAUGGAGUUUUAGUUUGCCCAUUAGACAAUACUAAUUUAAAGCCUGAGCAGACUUUUCGCGAUAAAGCUAUUGAAAGAGCCGUUCUGCAAUUAAAAGUUAAAUGUAAUAACUUCUUAAAAAGUUGUCAAUGGACUGGAGAACUAAAAAGAAUUGAUAACCAUUUAGAAACUUGUGAAUAUCAAGAGGUAAAAUGCCUCAAUAAAAAGUGCUCUACUUCUCUUUUGCGUAAAGAGCUGAGUGAUCACAUAGAAACAAAAUGCAUUUAUCGUUUUGUUAAGUGUCAGUAUUGCAAUCAAAAGAUUCGUUUUUGUGAGAAGCAAAAUCACUUGGAAACUUGCGAAUCUCUACCACUUUAUUGUGUAAAUCAAUGUGGCAUGAAAAUUCUGCGUAAAGAGAUGUCAACCCAUAUCACUGAUAGUUGCGCUAAUACAGUUAUUCCUUGCCAAUACUUUUACAUUGGAUGCAAUUUCAAGGGAAUGAGAAAAGAACAAGAUACUCAUGUCAAUUCUUCAACACAAAACCAUUUUUCUAUGUCAAUAUCAAAAAUUGCUGCACUUGAAAAUAAAAUUAUGUUAAACGAGCAUGAAACGACCAUUCUCAAAAAUGAAGUAACCAUUAUCAAAAAUGAAAUGGAAAUGAGAAAUUAAAACCACGUUUUAACAACAAAAAAAAUGGAAGAACUUGAAAAUAAAACUUUGUUAGUUGAGAAAGAAAUGAAAACAAAAAUGGUCAUUCCCAAGGAUGAAAAGGUAAGA